UAUACUUGUAAACAUGGAGAGAGAUUAAUUUUUGCAGAGGGAAGAAUUAAGAUUCAACAAUGGACAGCCUCCCAAGAGAGAUUGCCUUAAACAUUCUAUCAAGAUUAACAAUAACAUCUUUAAUCCAUGUCAAGUCAGUAUGUCGUUCUUGGCGUAGCUUAGCGCAAGACCCACUUCUUGCUCCUCUGCAUUUCUCUCGCAUGGAUAGAACUGCUAACCCAUGUCUUAUCUUGCACUAUGACUUGCCAAUCCAAAACCAUCUCUACACUCUCCAUUUUUCUGAUCAUGGAAGCAUUGAAACACCGACUAGAAUUCAUAUACCUAUGAUCUCGGAGUUGGCUAUAGUAGGAUCCUGUAAUGGCUUACUAUGCUUAUGGCAUUCACUUUAUAAAGAUGAAUGUUAUAUAUACAAUCCUUUUAGUAGGCAUUACACAAAGCUGCCUAAACCAGAACAGUUUCAAACACAAAAAAGAGUCGUAUUAGGAUUUGGUUUCCAUGAAAUAACAAAAGAGUAUAAAGUUGUCAGGAUUGUUUACUACAAGAAAGAAGAUGAAGAAGUCGACAAUUUGCAAUUACGAAGAUACUCUUUAUUACCGGAAUCAGAGGUUCAAGUUUUAAGUCUUGGAAAUGGGAGUGUCACUUGGAGAAGUAUAGGGAAUAGAUCUUUUCAACUUGGAAUACAAUCGCAAUCCCAAGUUUUAAUCAAUGGAAGACUUCAUUGGUUAACUGACCAACUCAGACACCAAGCACCUCGCCAGCUGAUCUCUUUUGACCUGAGAGACGAGAAAUUCAAAGAGAUUCCAAGUCCUAACGACAGAAGAUUUGCUAUAUUCUGUUCACAUCUUGUGAUUCUAAGAGGCUGUCUUUCUGCAGUUGUUCGAGGUUAUGGACAACUUGGCGUUUGGGUUAUGAAAGAAUAUGGAGUGCAGGAUUCUUGGACCAAAGAAUUUGUAAUAAAAAGUCACUUGCCAUUGAAAUGGUUGGAUGAGCCAUAUUUUAAUGGAUCCUUCAAUUUAAGUUUGUCAAAAGCUAGAGUUUUAUGCUCUCUUAGAAAUGGUGAGAUAUUGUUGGAAUAUAAGGGUAGAUCUAUAGUUUCUUAUAACCCAAAUUCUGGAACAUUUAAGGAGCUUAGUUUUCAGUGUUUGCCAGAAUGUUUUAAUGUUGUUGUUCAUAUGGGUAGUCUGUGUUGGAUUGAUACCCCAAUUGAUUUGUGA